AUGAAUAAAAAAUCAGCAAAAAAAAAGCAAGGCAUUUCUGGCAUAGGAUUCGUUAAGAUAUUAUGUUUGUUAUCUAUGCUAAACUUAUCUUCUUCAGCUGAUAUUAUUAUUGCCCAAAAUAAUAAAAACAUAGCCAGCGAAAAUUGGAUCAAGGAAAUAAAAAACCAAUUCAAUUUAAUUAUUGACUGACAUCACUGUAACCAUUCAGCAAUUUCAGAGUGUCUCAAUAUUUAUCCUGAUACUUUAAUCGUCCUUGAUUUAUCAGACGAUUUUGAAAUACAAUUAAGCCUUUCUCAAUUAUGUGAAGAAAACAAGAAAAUCCACUUGGUUCCUCAGAGAAGGUAUGAGUCUUUAUACCAUGACAAAUGGACUUACAACAUCGUCACUUCUCAUUCAGCUCAAAUGAAUGCAUAUUUUACAGUUUUAGAUUACUUUAACUGGACUCAAGGACUUGUAAUUGCUGACGAAGAUAAUAUAUACAAUAAAAACGAAUUUUUAGAAUAUUCAGCAACUUUUAAUUAUUUAGCUGUAGAGUCAUUUACAAACAUAGAAAGCUUAGUUCGUCCUUUAAAUUGGAACCAAUAUUCUGCUCCAAUUUAUGGAGUUAAUUUUUUUUGAUAAAACAUAAAAUAAUUUGUAAAAAAUAUAUAUAUUUUUGAUUUUUAUAUAUUUAAUUUAAAGUAGAAUCGAUUUAACAUGCCAAAUGCUUAAUUAGCUUUCUAUUAGCACUUCCUCCAUUAAAUUAAGCCAAACUACUAUUUUUAUAAAAAUUAGUAAUUUUCCCUAUAAAAAUUUUCUGCUAAAAAAAUAAAGUGGGCUAAAAAUUGGAAAUUUUAUCCAUUUUUAUCUAAUUUAAAUGAGGAGCAGAGUUAGUAAAAUCGGGUUAUCAAGCCUUUAGGCACUACUUUGUAUUACAUUUUUACAAAUUCUGUUCUCUCAUCGAUAAUUCAAGAAUCAUUGAAAUCCAAAAAACUUCUACUGGAAGGAGAUGGAUUAAUUUUAAAUCAAAACAGUGGUUACGAUUGCAAAAUUGAUGGAGCAAUUAUAAUCACUGUAAAAGGCCAAGAAUAUGCAAGCUCUCAAAAGGAAUUUUUAUUUAAAUCAACUGAAAAUUUAUUGCAAUAUUUAUUUAAUAGCACGGCAGAGCCAGUGACAGCUGAAGAAAUAAGAUAUUUAAUGAAAGGAUAUAGCCAGAAAAAUCAAUUUUCUAUCAUUAAUAUUCAGGAGGGGAAAAGAGAAAUCAUUGGCUCAGUCUUUGAUGGAGAAGUAAAAAUAGUAAAAAAUUUAAUUUUCCCUGGAAAUACUCAUAAUGCGCCAAAAUCAGACAAAAAAAUAUUGCACGUAUCAAUAUCUGGAGGUGCGACUAAUCCUGGCACUCCUCCAAUGACAACUAUACCCCUUUUUUGUAACGGUGCAUAUACAGCAUGAAGCUUGAUAAAUGACAACACAUUAGGGAUUUUAAAAAAUUUCCAAGUUAGAUACUUCAUUUAUGACUGCGGCACAUUGAAUUAUGAUGAAAAGUUUGCCAGACCUUGCUUUACCAAAGAUAUAGAUAAAAUUGGAUUAGCUCAUAUAUCAAGCGCUUCUGUAAUAGCAACUGGAGAAAUGAAGCUCUUUACAAGCUUAAAUGUAACAAUUCCAGUCGUUGGGUCAGUAGCAUUAGGCCAUGCACUGAGCUCAACCGCACUUUAUCCUAUGUUUACAAGAAUCGCCAUUUCGAACGACUACAUACUUGCUUUGAGUUCGCUUUUUUUAAAAGUUUUAGGCUGAAAUAAACUCUGUGUCUUAUAUUCUGAUGACCCAUCAAACAAGGUAUCAUAUUCCACACUUAUAGAAAAUGCCAAGAAAUAUGGCUUAGAAAUUCUAAACCCUGAAAGCUUGAGGGAGAUCCCUGAUAAUCUAAAUAGAACCACCAUAAAAAAAUAUUCUGAUUCACUGAAAGCAGUUUUUAGUACUCAAGCAAGGCUUUUGGCUUUAUUCUUUAUGCCUCCUGAAUUAUAUUACGUUCUUGAAGAGCUAUAUGAUUUAGGCCUAAGAAAAGGUGAUCUCGUAAUUUUUGUUUCAAGUUCAUUAUUUCUUACAUUGGGAGAGUACGAUUUUAUGUAUACUUAUAAAGUGAAAGAUACAGGAGUUCCGAUGAUCAUUAUUUCUGGACAAAACUGGGUUGGAAAAGUUGGACACUUUGCGUACUCAAAAAUAGCAUCUCUUUAUAAUGUAGUCCCUUAUUCAUAUGCUUGCAAUUAUUAUGAUGCAGCUUAUUAUAUAGCGGUUGCGUUGGAUUCGAUGAUAAAUCAAGGACUUGACUAUUAUGAUCCUUAUCAGCUAAAUUUGACAAUGAGAGCUCAGAAAUUUAUUGGAUGCACAGGAAAGUUUUCGAUUGAUAAAGACAGCAAUGACAGGAUUAUGGAAAAUUUUGAUAUUAAUGUUAAUAAAAUAGAUGCAGCUUCUGGUAAUGUGACUGCUUAUAAAAUAGGAGAAUUUCACCCGUAUAGCAGCGUAAUGCUAACAAUUGAUAUACCGAUUAUUUAUGGAGAUGGGUCCACUAUGAAGCCGGAAGAUCUAAGAAAUCAAGAUAACGAAUGCCCUUUUUCUGAUAAACUGGUAAGGACGUUUACAAAAGGAAGAAUUCUCGCUUUUGGCAUUUGCUUUGGAUUUGCUUUAAUCUCUUUUGUUUCUGCCGCAUAUAUAUGAAAAACGUGGUGAAAUAUCAAUAUAAAAGAACUUAAAGAAAGGCAAGAAAUUUCUUUGCAAGAUUUUAUUGUUCAGAUAACAAUUGGCAUUGAAUUUUUCCAGUUCGUAGCGAUCGGGCCAGAUAUAACUCUAAUCAGUAGCUUCUUAGCAAAAAUCAGCAAUUCUUUUUCCCUCAACUUAGAAAACUCUUUAAAGCUUAAAAACGGGGUAUUUUGAAUUGUAAUUGAUGGGAUCUAUGGAGCUAUUACCGUUUGAUUAAUUUUUUGCGCUGUUAUUCUACUCAGAUUGGAUGAAAAAUUUCCCAGCGUAUCAUUUUUAAGAUUUUUAGCUUGACUUGCAGACUAUUUAAUGCCGAUUUUAGGUAAUUUAUGCUUUAUUCCGUUUAUUUCGAUGUGUUUAAAUGUAUUUGUGUGCGAUCAAUCUAUUGGAGAGGAUUUUACUGACAGUUUUCUUGUUCAAGAUUGCUAUUAUUUUUGCUGAAAGGGUAAUCAUUUAAUAUACGCAAUUUUUUCUUUUAUAGCUCUUUUAUGCUAUGAGCCUCUUGCAAUAUUUUGUAGACCUUUGUGGCAAGAGUUGCAGAUGAAUUUGCACAUUUAUACGUCUCCUUUAUUUUUAAUGGUUAAAUCUGUAGUCCAAAUCAUACUUAUUGCUAUGAAUAAAACAGUUAAAAGGGCAGAUAGCGCAAUUCAUGGAGCUUUAUUUGCUGUCAUAAUGGCUGCUUAUAUUGGAUUUAUAUUUAGAUGGAAACCUUAUAAUUAUCCAAGAUUUUGCUGAUGGCAAGCCUUAAGCUUAAUAGGCGUAUUAUGGCUUUCUGUGCUUUCAACGAUCUCAUCUAAUGUUGAAGGAGGUUAUUUAAUUUUAUUUCUGUUAGUUUGUAUAGGAUGGGUUUUAAUUGGUGCUGUCGGUAUUUAUGUGCAAAGAAAAAAAUAUCCAAGUCUGCUGUAUAGAAGAAAAGGUCUGGAUACAACUCAUCUAUUUAGGUUCGCGUUUACAUUUGGUAAGCUCUCAAAAACCGCCCUUUCAAAAAUCGUACCUAGUCGUGCUUCUGAUGAAUAUGCAUCCAAAGAUUUUUCUAUUGUGAAGCAAGCGUAUUAA